UUGUACUAGCUGACCUUUUAUCGACCGCCAAAAGAGAAAGCACCAGAUGUUAUGGUGGCGUCAGCGACGCUUUUUUCAAGUAUGCUGAAAAUUUUGAUAUGCUUUUUUCUUCGCAUGACGAUUGGGGUUCCGAGCACUUGGGCGACACUCGAAGACAUCGCGCCCCGUUCCCACAGGGCCUGUGUCUAUCAGCUUGGAGGCUGGCCACGUCAAGCUCCUCCGGGACCCACUUCAUGGAGGGCCCGCCGCGUGGCAUUCGCUGUUGGCGAGGCGCCACGGCGUCCCGAAGUGCAGCAAGGGGCGCGCCCCUAUGUGUUGGUAAUGCGCAUGCCCCGCCGCGCGGGCACACUUCGAGCAAAUAGAGGCCUUGCACAGGUUGGGCAAACCUCGACGAUGCCGCGCAACAUUGGGCCGCGUUUUUGGUUUCCCAUCGAUUCGGCGCGCCCGCGUCCGUGGCGAAGCUUAGCUGGGUUUGCCGGGCCGGCCCCCCACGCAACCAGGAGGGGGCUACAAGAUUCCUUUGAACUCGGACCUUCCCCCAGUGCCAGUGAUAGCGGUAGCAGUAAUUCCUCCAAGAAGAAACGGAGUCGCAGGCCCACAAGAACAACUGCUAGCGCAACAUCCCCAACGCCCAAAGAAAGUACCAAAGCACAUGGGACAAAAAUUCAUCCACGCACAAGCUACAAACGAGGAAACUCCGUAGCAACGGUCCGCCUCUAUCCACAUGAAAAGUGUCCCUACGUACAACCCCAGCAGAGCGGCGGUGGCGGAGACAUGUUUAUGUUACUUAAUUUGCAUUGCAAAAGCCCUCUAUGCCUAUGGCCCUUACCCUGUCGCACACAGCAGCCGUCACAUAUUUGUAAUUUUAAUUUUGAGCCACCAGAAAAUUAAUUAUGAUAGCCGGAAGCAAAAUCUGUGUCUCGCAGCGGCGCAAGGUGAGCAGUGUCUGUCGUUCUCAGGGUGCCUUCCUCGCCUGGAUUAUUUUGAAUAAGAAAACACAAAAUGCGUCGCAUAAUUUGCUUCAUCCAAUAGUACAAAAAGCGUUUCGCGUGGGAGCAUCAACUUUGCGACCCAAGAACUCAAAUUGUUGCCUAUCUGCGGAUCAGUCGUGGGGCGCUUUCAGCUUGAUCUGGUAACCAAAGCGUGCCCCGCGCGCAAAGCGCUCUCUGCGAGAUGCUCACCCAUCGCAAACGCAGCGCGAAGGCUUUGGCGUUGCCAUAUGGGAGGGCCUCGGGGAUAUGCGACGACCACUCGCAAAGUCGCGCGCUUUCAAUGGGGUUUGGCCGCCAGAAAGCGGAUUUCUGAAAAGUAAGCUCAUUUUUUGAAAAAGUAGAAAAAUCCGCGCAGCCGGGUCGGGGGGAAAGGUAAGCAAAGGACUUUAUCGGCUCCGCCCAAUCUGUUUACGAAGAAAGAAGUCUGAAACUCGGGCUACGCCCGCUGCUGUGGCGCGCUUGGUAGCGGACAUUGCGCCACCCGUCGGCCGCUUCGGCCAAUCUGUACACAAAAAAAAGCAAAAGAUAGCAUACGCCUUCGCGGAAUCUAAUCGGCCCAAAAAAGCCACCGAUUUUCUCGAUGGCACGGAGGAGGAGGAACUUCUGUAGGUCAGACAGUCUUGGGGCACUUUUCAGCUUGAUAGCCUGACUAAGGGCUUGAGCAGUGCGGGGUCGAGUGCAGAAGACUACAACUGGAGCAUGCCAUCGACAAAGAAGUGGUCUACUCUUGAAGCAUUUGUAAGAUGA